AUGUGCGGCUUGUCCUGCACCGACUCUGGGAAAGUGAGCAAGACGGUGCCAUAUGAGAAGAUCACAGAUUGCGACGUCAGUGAACCAGCAGGAACUGCGUGUUGCUGCUUCAUCCCGAAUGUGCUGACAAAGGUCGUGGUGGAGACUGCGUCCUCAUCCAAAGAGACCCCGGACCUGGUGCUGGAGGGACUUGAGGAUGCCCAUGCGUUCAAACAUGCCGUGUGGGCGAUGAAGCGAUUCAAUGGUGGCCAGGCAUCGGCACCCUCCGGUGCAGGGGCCUCCGGGCAGCAGAUGCCUGCCGGAGAGUUGAGGACGACGAAUCUACUUCUCACGGAGAUCCGCGAUGAGUUGCGCGUGAUGAACCAGUCGCUAAAAGCUGGUCGCUGA